GCAGCAGCGCCGCGCUGCGGACGGCGCAGUCGAGGCUGCGAUCGUCCGCUUUGCCGUGCUGCCCGGUUCUCGACAGAGUGCGGCGCCGCGCUACGGUUCCGCGGCCGCUUUGCUGCCCGGAGGUGAAGCGAGGGAAUUCAGCGGUCGGUUCGUCCCGAACUCGAGGCCAGAGACCCAGAACAGGCUGCUCAAAUCAGCGGAGUCAUCGCGACGCGCGAAGCUACGCUGGAAGCGGCCAAUUGGAGAGGCGUCCCCGAUGGCCAGCAACCUGGCACCAGGGCUGAAAGAACCCUAACGGCCAUGCUUCGGUGACGUUCCCCGUGCGAGCACUUCCGCCUACUUCCUCCCCAGCCUCCCGGAUCCCCGUCCCGGCCCUUCCGGCCCUUCCGGCCCUUCCGGCCCUUCCGGCCCUUCCGGCCCUCCCGGCCCCCUCGUAGCCCAGCGUAGCCGGAGCGUCGUGGGCCAGCGACUCGAAGACCCGCGCGUUCGGGAGGUCCACAUCGGGUAGCACUCUACGCACACCAUCCAGGCGAUGGCGGCUUCGGCGCUGAAAAAGCUGUUCCGCACCGACCGGCACCGGCUGAGUACGUCCGGUAACAGCCACAACAGCCACAACGAUCUCGGUCCCAAAAAGAAGAAGGAGAGCGGCGAGGGCGGGAGCCGAGCCCGGCUGCUGGGUCUCUGCGCGGGUGCGGGGAAGGCAGGCCACGCGGCUCAGGGCCAGGGAGGCCAGGGCAGUGCGGCGGCCGAGACGGCGGGCUCCGCCGAGGCGCCGACGGCCAAGGCGACGCCGGGACCCAAGGCGUCCAAGGCGACGGGUUCCUCGAGCGCCGGUGCGUCGUCGCGGGCCCUGACGCUGGCACGCAGUCCCCGGCACCGGGUGGCGCCGUGCUCCCAGCAGGCGGCCGUGCGUGCCCGCCGGCUCAUGCGCGAGUUCCACGAGAUCCGGCGCCAGCAGGGCCGCGGCCAGGCGCCCUCUUUCACCGUGGACCUGGUCGACGACAACCUGUACGAGUGGCACGUGCGCCUCUACCAGGUGGAUCCGGAAAGCCCGCUGUGGCGAGACAUGCAGGACUGCGGCGUGUCCUGCGUCCAGCUUAGCGUCUCGUUCCCGGACAACUUCCCGUUCGCGCCGCCGUUCGUGCGCGUGCUGGCACCGCACAUUGAGCGCGGCUUCGUCAUGGAAGGCGGCGCCAUCUGCAUGGAGCUGCUGACGCCGCGAGGCUGGGCGUCCGCCUACACUGUCGAGGCCAUCCUGGUCCAGGUGGCUGCGUCGCUUUCUAAGGGCCAGGCUCGCAUCGCCACAAAGCCAGGGAAGCAGUUCAACCGGAAGUUGGCCGAGUCCUCUUUCCGGAGCCUGGUCAAGACUCACGACAAGUACGGCUGGGUGACGCCUCCCCUGGCCGACGGCUAGGCUCUCCCGCACGAGCGUGCCGGUGGGCGGUUGCCAUACGAGGAACUGCGCUGGACGCUGGCCGACGGUGGGCCCGAUUCUCUUCGUGCCAUCGCCCCGACACCUCACGCUUCACACUGCUCUCUGAACAUUCUUUGUUAACUUCCUUUCUAAAUGCUAUACGGGCGUUUGUGUUUUGUUCUUGUUAUCAUUAUUAUGACGUCAUCAUCACGACGGAAUACCUCCUUAUGUGCUCUCCACUUCGCUGUGUAGAUUCGAUUUUAAGUAACAAGACAGUCACCGUUUACAGUAUUGUGAACAGUACAAAACUAGAACGAACCGGUUUUUUCUUCUUCCCAAUUUUCGAUGAAUCCUUUAGUUGGGGUUACUUUAAAGCCUAGACUUAAUGAACCAUCGAGCAGCAGUUACUUCCUCAUUUCGUGACCAAAACUCGCAGCCACUUGUGUGUUGCUGUUAUAACGUGUUCCUAUCUCUCAUUUGGGCCGACUGUGCAGUGAUGCAUGCUUGGUACGCGAGGCGAUGUCUGAUCUCCUCUAAAUUUGUUCCCUCCUCGUCUUGUCUUUCCAGGUGAACAGUGAGGAUUAAUGGGUGCUAGUCAGGACAUUUCCAGCAAGCUGCUUCUGUUUUUCUUGCAUUUACGUGAUCGUGUAUGACUCAUUCAUUGCGACUCAAGCCCCAUCAUUCACCGAGCAACAUCGUCGCGGUGUGUCCCCCUCAAGCGCGUUGCGUCUUCCUUGGCGGUGACUUUGCUCUAGGUGCUAUUUUUCUCUUUGACAACGCGGCUUCAUGUUUGCGGGUCUGUAUGUAUGUGCGUCUCGGAAGGAAAGAAAAAAAAAAAAAAAACCUCCACGGUUUCACGAAGGAUAGUGUGUCGAUUGUUUCUUGUUAAGUCUGCUUCUAAAAUGUCCAGACAGGAUUCGGGAAUUCUACGCGGGGUUUGAGGAUAUUUCUGAAAGGACGUGAUUCCGAUUGUUGUGUUACGUAUUUACGCGGGAACCAAGCGGCAAGUCGAUCUACGCAUUACCGCGAAGACGAAAGAGGGGAUCACGUACAUUACCGCCAGGUGGUCGGCUGUUGCUUUACUGCUGAAUUUUAUUUGUCGGUAUUUCGUAAACGGUAAUGCGUGUUUUCACGGCAGUUUCUAGUUAAUAACAAAUUUAGAAAAAGAAAAAUUGUUAGAACUUAAUGCGUUAGUAUAAUACAGGUUAAUGCAUCACGUCAACUCCACAUUUUAUGAGCUCGCCAUACUCGCCAUGUGAGUAUGGCGAGUAUGUUCGUUGAAUCUCCCGAAGGCUCUUUCUAAAAUAUGACACGUGUAAAUAUUUUCUUUUUUUCUUUUUGGCGAGACGACAAGGAGGUCGAACUUUCGGGAACGAGUUUCGUGGUCACGAGCUGAUCACGGACGUUACCGUUUGAGGGGAAGCAACCGCGGCUUACAGCAUGCUUCGCUCAUCUCCAUUCACAACUGUAACCGGAAUUUUUCGCUUUAAGUAUACCGACAUAACCCGCGUUUUUUUUUUUUUUCUUGAAGUUUUUUUAUAUCACGGUGACUCGGGACCGUAAAGAGGAUGCGGCAAAAUUUACCGCGACUCAUUUCUCUUCACAUUUGCGGUCACGCAGUUAGUGAUAUAUUGCGAAUCCGCCGCCAAGUCCUGCUCCUUUUCCCUCUCCAUAUCGUACCACGUGUAAUUAUUCUGCAGCGAUUCUAAACCUGCCCAUAACACUUCUUUAAAAAAUAAAAACUUACUGAGGCAUUGUAGAAGUGUCAUGCUCCCGUCGUUAGCUCCGUUUGAGGCAGCUAUCCCACGGACCUUUUCCUGCCUAGAUCUUUACAGUAACGUCCAGUAAUGUAUACUACAUGAGAAUGACGGUACAGAAUGAUCCACGUUUGCUCAACGCCAAGUAUUCGAGCCUCGGCUGUUUUCCGACGCGAAUGCCUCUUGUUUCUUUCCUCCACUCCUCUCUCAAGUUCGUGCGGGCAAACGAAUUUUAUCCCAUCUGAACUUGGGCGCCGCCCGCGUCUGUGGUUGACGAAUCACUACUGCUCACGCCAGCGAAGCGAAAGAGACACCCACCCCGUUGAAAUGACAAGCUUGUCGUGCCACUGUGUUCCUCCCCUCCCGACCGAAUCCCCGCCUGGCAUUCCCCGUUCGGGAAGGCGAGCACGUGGCCCUUUGCUGCGCGUUCGCGGCCAAUGCCGUCCUUUUGUGAAUACAGACGAUUGUUUCGCGAAAUGAUCUUUCAUCGAAUGAAUCCCUGCUCUGUACAUACAUAAAAGACGAGUUGCGUGUGCCGCGCACUUGCGGUGUUCAUUAAUGUGCGUCCGUGUGUCUCUCGAAUGUUCGGAUAAUAAAGAUUAUUCGUUACUUAA